CAAUCGUGGAUCGUGGUGUUGUGGCAAGAGAACCAAAAAUUUUGCGAAAAGUAACUACUAUAAGGCCCGUAUUUUGCCGAAUUUUUGGCAAAAAUGUCCACUAAAGUUUCAUAACUUUAGCAACCUCGGGGUCAAGUUGUUUCGAUCGUUUUUUUCCUUACACGUUGUUUAUUUGUUCACAAAAAUUCUUAUUGUUACGAAAAGAUAUAUAUACAACUGCCAGUGCGCCACAGUAAAAAAAACGUCUUCCAAUUUGUGAUUCUUCGUGUUUCCCGUCAAGUUUUCAUUGGCUGUGAGUUGAUUCUUUUGCUGCCCUAAGUAAACAUGGAUUCAUCGAGCUCUGGAAUAAUUCCAUUGCGUGCAGAGUUUGCCCAUCCAAAAGUUGUCGACGAUGAUUUGGUUUUCUAUCGUACUAUCGAUCCCGACACUAAAAUAUGGCUAGACAAUUUGCAUUCAAUUUGGACAGUCUGGAAAAAAAGUCAAACUGUGACUAAAGUUCUGACAGAUUAUUUUGACACGAGUCCAAAUCCACAUCUAUCCGUGCUCAGAAUUCUUGUCAAUACUAAUGACUUUCACUACAUUAAGCCCAGAGCAUCUCUAGCCCUAACAGUGAUGGAAGAUUUCAUAAAAUGGUUGCCUAAUCAGAGCACGCCCUACUCAAAGUACCUAGAGCCAGAGACAAAACUGGCUGCUUUUAGAUUAGUGAGCAAACAGAAGAACACAAAUCUCAUGACAUUGGUCGCCAAAGCUUUUGAGUUCAAAGCUGACGCUGAUAUAUUUAUCCCAUGGAUAGAGUCUAUCGUGCGUGAGAAAAAGUACAAAGAAGCAGCCCAGUAUGCAAUAAUAAUGGGACUGCAGAAUUCGUUUGCAAAGCCGGAAACGUUGUUAUUGCCAUUAAUAAUACAGGACAAAAUAUCGGUAGCAGAGAGUUUUCUAGCAGAGCACAAGCCGAUGCAAAAGAAUCUGGUUAAUUAUUUGGAUGGUUUAAUAGGACUUGGGAAGAACAUGCCCCAAAAACUGGAUCAGUUUAUUGAAGACCAUGAUAUACCGGAUGUGAAAAUGUCGACUAUUCAGUGUAAAGCAAUGAACAAACUAAUAUUCAGGCUUGGUAAGUUGUACAAAUUGUCACCGAGUGAAUAUCCAAAUGCGAAUCAAAAACACGGGGAAGGAGCACUCCAUUUUCUCAUUUACAAACAUUGCGUGGACCGAAGUUUACGGGGAGAAAGUUGGCGAGAAAUGGCUCGUGAAGCUGUUGGAACGAACGAAAAAUUACAGUUGGAACUCGUCAAGCAAUUGUGCAGUAUGAACGACAACGAAGAAGCUUUGUACUGGGCACAAACUUUCGAUAUUCCGAAAAACGAGUGGCCUUGGGUCAUUCGCGAUAUCGAAACUACGGAGUCUUCCAACGGAAAAGGUCACAGGGCGAGUGGUAGCACGGAAGAAAAUUGGGACGAGUUAGUUGACUUCAUGGCAGAUUAUCAUGCGUUACGUCUACCAAGAGAACGAGUCACGGUUGUCGACAAUCCACAAUCGUUUAAUGAAUUUUUGAGGGGAGCUUUGACCGGUGUUCAAAUAGUCGGCAUCGACGCUGAGUGGAAGCCGAGUUUUGGAGUGAAACAAAGUGCAGUUGCACUGAUACAAAUAGCAACAGAAUCAGGAGUCUACAUAUUCGAUGUGAUCACGAUGGGAAAAGAGUACAACGAUUUGUGGAUGGGAAUGCGGGAAGCUUUAUUCGAGAACAAAAAUAUAAUAAAGCUCGGUUUCGGACUUGCUCAGGAUAUGGCAAUUAUCCACGAGACUCUGCCAGCGCUUUCGCACGUGAAAGCUUCCGGUCACGAUUACGUCGAUCUUCUCAACGUAUGGCAGAGGCUGAUCAAGGACCACAACUUCGUUUUUCCCUACAAAGGAGACGAACGUUUCACCAAACAAAAUCUUAGUAAACUCGUGGAAAUAAGUCUCGGUCGUAGACUAAACAAAGCUGAUCAAUUCUCAAAUUGGGAACGAAGACCGUUGAGAGAAAGUCAGAUUAUUUAUGCUGCCCUCGACGCUUAUUGUCUUCUAGAAGUUCACAGCGCGAUGGUCGAACAGUGUUACCGAAUCGGAAUACCAUUCGGCAAUUAUUUAAACGGUUCGCAUGGUAUGUCGUUAGCCACAUCGAAAAAAUUAGAAGAUUAUUGCGCCAUACCACCCGUACGUUCGGAAAAUCCACGCUGAGCGCGCCUGAAUCGUCAUCAGUGAAUACGCGAUCGCAAAUAAAUAAUCCUCGUUUAAAUCAGUGUACAAGAUAGCGUUCAUUCAUUUUUACUUUACACAAAAUAUAUUUUCGUUACACACUUUACGAAUAUACUUGAAUAUCGGACGCUCCGAGUCGAAUGAAGUUCAGUUUGGCCCUAAAUUUCGAGUCGAAAAGUUUCAGAUUAUUUUUAAUUUCGAACGAAAAAAGACCUCCGAAACGUUUUGUUAUCCCCAUAGGUUGGGUUCUCACGCAGACUUGAAAAAUCGGACUAAAAUCGAUCGGUAACGCGAUCUCGGAAAAUCAACUUCUACGUCCAGCUUAUGAGCUAUUCUGCUAAAGACGAGAAUGAGAUUGAGAACAUUUUUGUAGGAAAAUGAAUGCUCUACGAAAUUGGUCUUAUGUUCAUUCGCUUCCCUCUGCUUUCUGGAAGUGCAUAGAUUUGUCAAGCCAUGAUUGGUAUCAGGAUUUUGUCGAAAAAUGUUCCACAGGUUCAAAAAAUGAAUGAAUGUAUGAUGACAAUAGAUAAUUCCCGUUAUUAAAAAAUUAAAUUUAUUCUAUUAAUAAAGCAAAAACGUUUAAACUUUUCUACUCGAAAUCAAGGCUCAGAGUCAAAUUUACGUUAUUGAUCAUUCAAUCUAGGAAAUCUAAUAAAAAUAAAUGAGUGUAUUUACGCGUAAAGUAUUUUCUCCGGUUCUAUAAACGAAAAAAAAAACAAUCAACGCCGUUUAUAGUGUGCGAUUUUCAAUUAAAGGGAAAAAAGAUGUAAAAUGUUGUUACCCAAACACUUAAUCACGUUAUUAUAGACGAUAUUUUUUAUAUUUUCUUCGUUGAUGUUUUGCUCCAUUACUUUUUAUUCUAUUUAGAAACUUAAUCGUAGUGGAGCGGCUGUUCGUUUAUCGAAAUGAGAAAUAAAGUUCUCAGUUUCCUCCAAUAAUAUCAAGUGUAAUUCGACUACAGCGUUUUUCUGAUCAACUUUUGUUCUGAAUACAAAAUGCACUUUGAAGGACACA